AUGGCAAAGAAGAACCUGGUCUUUAUGGAAAACGAAAGCACAACUAGCUCACAGCAUGGUGCUUUACCUUCUCCGACAACCCGAAAGAUGAAUGACCUACUCGAAUUGAUGAGCAGACCUCCUUCCCCUAGCGAGCUAGAACAUUCCUCGCAUGCUUCAAACUCACCCAAAUCUAGCUCUAAGAGUCCAAAUGGCUAUACGUUUUCUUCUCAACAAGUCCCAGCACUUUUUUCCAAAGAUGUGAUAAAACGUAACCAAGCAAAAAAUGGAUCAAACAAAGGACAUUUUAAAUCUAAAAAUCUUAUAGCUGUCAAUGCUGAAUAUUUGAUCAAGAAAAAGAAGACCAACGAUCCUGAGGAGGCGAUACGCAUGGCACAAAAGAAAGUUGUAAAGCAAAGGGAAAAAGUCAAUGCAAGCCUUAAAAAUUGGAGACGCAUUGCUGAGACAGAUCCCUCGAAAGCAGCACAGAUGCGUGCAAAAGUACCACAGAACAUCUCAAUGAAGCUCUAUGUUCCUGCUCGAACACAUCAGCUAUAUCAUCGCGGCGCAGCAAGAACGAUGGAGGAAGCUCACCAUUUAGCUCCGUCCAAUGCAACUUCGCAAGUUUCUAAUAAGUAUAGUUCUAUGCUUAUCAAACGUCAAUCACUGGAUAAAGAGUCCAAUCCAAAAAUACCGACACAAGAUAAAAUCUUACUGAAAGCAGCAGAACUUUUCUUCGAUCAUGAUGAUAUGCAUUUGUCUCAUGCCCUCGAGCAGUCUAAAAAAGAGUCUAAAGACCAUUCAAAACCGGCGCCAUUUACAUCUGACGUAUUGCGACGUGGUUCAAGCUACUUCAAAACGCCCAAAGGGUACUUUUCCAACAAAAAUACCGCACUUUUAGCAGCAGAAACUGCAGAAAAGCAACAAAAAGUCGCUUUUCAUUGUCGCAUUCAAGAUACAAGGCCUAAAAAUGCUGCGGAUGACUUAGAGCGGGUAACCCAAGAACUGGUAAAGCGACAAGUCAGAGAACAUCUACCUUCAAGCGUGGAGAAAGCGUCUUUGUCUUCUUCUCAAGCUCGCCCAAUAAAGAAACACAAGGCUUCAAAACUCUCCGAAGAAGAUCGAAGAUCGAUUAACGCAGCCAAGUUAUUUUUCUCCGAUGAGAACAUAUCCCUUGAGCAAGCAAUUGGGAAGCAGAAUGCAAUAAGUGAAGGACAAAAAAAGCAAAGGAGCUCCAACGGUAUGCCUCGCACUUCAUCCAUUCCCAUGCCAUUUUCCGAUGAGUUGCUUCGUAACAAAUCCGGUAAAAAGCCAAAAGGCUACAACACGAAUGAUCAAGUAGUUGCACGCCACGCUGAAAGAUUCAUGUCUGACGGGAAUAUCAUGGAUAAAGAUGUUGCGAUUGGUAUGGGGAAGAAAAUGAUACAAAGAAGUAAUCUACGUAAACAAAUCAAGUUAGCUCAUUGGAGGCAAAUUGCAGAGACAGAUCCUUCAAAAGCCAGACUUGCUACAACAAGAGUGCCAACAAGAUUAUCCAAAACACAUUAUAUCCCUCUCAGAGCACAUCAAUUAGAUCAACAAGGAAAAGCUAAGGGUAUGGAAGAGGCAACUCAAAUGGCCACUGCGGAAGCUCAGAGAGAACUCGAUCGAAAGAGAACGUCCUAUCACAGGUUCAAAGCUCCUCUUAAGGGCAGAAGACCAAAAUAG